GUUAAAAAUAAAUUAAAUUCUUAUAUAGGUAAGCCAGCAUUUCAUUUUGAUUAAAAUGCUUGGAUCUUUAAGAAAUAAACGUUCUUUGACCGAUAAAAUUGGUUCUAAUAAAGUUGAAAAUAAUGCACAAAUAGUCAAAAAAAGAAAACAUUUGACAAUAAAAUCUGAUAAUGAAAAAACAUCAAACUCUGAUUGGAAACCUCCAAAUUGGGAAAAGACAUUGGAUAAUAUAAGAAAAAUGCGUAAAGAUAUUAUUGCACCUGUAGACAAUAUGGGAUGUGAUCAAGCUGCAGACCUAAACGAAUCACCGGAAGUGAUUAGAUAUCAUGUACUUAUCUCAUUAAUGUUAUCGAGUCAAACAAAAGAUGAAGUUAAUUUUGCAGCUAUGCAACGUUUGAAACAGUAUGGUCUAACUGUUGAUAAAAUUUUAGAAAUUUCAGAUAAAACUUUGGGAGAACUUAUUUAUCCUGUUGGAUUUUGGAAGAGGAAAGUUGAAUAUAUCAAGCGUACAACUCGUAUAUUAAAGGAUAUAUAUAAUGGUGAUAUACCAAGUACAAUAAAAGACCUAUGUCAGUUGCCUGGGGUAGGUCCUAAAAUGGCUCAUCUCUGUAUGAGUUGUGCCUGGAAUGAAGUUACUGGAAUUGGUGUGGACACCCAUGUGCAUAGAAUAAGUAAUCGUUUGGGGUGGGUAAAAAAAACUACAAAGACACCAGAAAAUACACGUAUGGAAUUAGAAUCAUGGUUACCUAAAGAUCUUUGGCGUGAAGUUAAUCACAUGUUAGUUGGAUUUGGACAGACUAUAUGCCGACCCGUAGGUCCUCAGUGUGUUUCUUGUUUAAACAAAACAACUUGUCCUUCUGCUGUAUUAAAAAGUCCAUCAAAAAAAAAGGAUUAAACAUGUAUUUAACAAUAUCCUAUUUUCAGUAUUAUUAAAAUC